UACACAAUGUCAAAACUUCCAACCACCGUUAGCCGUCUUAGGUUGCCUCAAGGCUCGAAGCUGAAAGCUCCAGGAUCACCCCUGAAGCGACAAGGCAGUGGUAGUGGAAUUUCAUCGCCGGCAAAGAGAGCCAGGCUUAGUUCAUCCACCUCCAAUGAACCUGAAGAUUCAGCACCAGAGAUGCGACCACCUGCAAGGCGAGUUGCUCGACCACUGUUUACUGGUACACUUCGUAGAUCAGCUUCUAUGGCUAAUGUAUCAGUGAAUGGACUAGAGAUCGGAAUUCUAGCAAGAGUAACUUGCCAGUCAAAGAUAGGAGCAUCAACAUUAAAUUUUUCUGGCCGCCCUUCAAACAUAUGUGCUUCUACUGCUCUAAGGUCAUCUGGAGUAGUUGGCCGCAAACCAGGAACUAACAUAACCAAUCAUGUCAACAAUACCCACUCUUCUGUUAGCAAGAAUUCCAAGACAUUGCCAGCAGCCAGUAAGGACAGUGAAGAGCCAGUCACUAAAGGGAAACCUAAGAGAGCAGCCUGGGACCUCAAGGGACGUCUUCAGGACAUGGAAAAUUUAGUUAAGUCCCAAACAGUAGAGAGGGAUAAUUUCAUUGCUACGCUUGCGAAUUAUAAUUUCCGUAUUGAAAAUCUAGAACUGGAGAAACAGAACCUUAAUCAGAACCUGCAGAAGACACAAACACUCUCUCAAGCACACCAGGAGGAAGUUGACAGACUAAAGCAUGAUCUUAGAGUGCAAAUUGAUGAAAGAAGUGCAGAAAAGCGAAAUUUAGAAAAUACAAUCCAUGAUUUAGAAUUCAGGAAAUCUGCUCUUGAACGUCAGAUGAAGUCACUGGAGGCGGAACUUGCUGCACGCCUGGAUGAAUUGUCUGGGCUUAAGUCAACAGUGUCUCACCUGACAAGUGCUCAGGCUGGAAUGGAAGCUCAGCUGGCAUCAACAAAAUUGUUGCUGGAAGAUCGCAAUGAUAGAGUAUCUGACCUGGAGGCUCAAGUAGCUCAACAGAAGGAGAAGAUAGAGCAGUUGGAACAUAAGCAACGGGAAGGGGAGAAAGCAAGACGUAAAUUGCAUAAUCAAGUGCAAGAGUUGAAGGGGAACAUACGUGUGUUUUGUAGAGUUCGCCCAUUAAUAGGAGAUGAGAUCAAGAGCAAUGGAGACUCAGAUAUUAUUCAUCAUAUAAACUUCCUUGAUGAGCAAACUCUUGAGAUCUGCAAGAAUGCUGAUCCAAAUGGAAGCACAAUGUCUGGUCUCAAAGGACGUGGCACCGGUACCAUUGAGUUUUCUUAUGAUCGGGUUUUCGGACCAAAUGGUACUCAGGCACAAGUCUUUGAGGAAAUAUCCCAGCUCUCUCAGUCUGCUCUAGAUGGGUACAAUGUGUGCAUAUUUGCCUAUGGGCAGACUGGCUCAGGCAAGACAUUUACAAUGGAAGGUGUCCCUGAAAAUGAAGAGCUAGAAGGCAUGAUUGCUAGGACUGUGAAGUACAUCUUCUCCACAAUGAAGGGGCUGGAGGAUAAGGGUUGGUCUUACAAGGCUGAAGCCAGCUUUCUAGAAAUAUAUAAUGAAACCAUCCGAGAUCUCCUGGUCUCUCCAAGAGAGUCAAAAAAUUUAACCUAUGAAAUCAAAUUGGUGGAUAGCAAGAAAAAUGAGACCUUUGUCACUAAUCUAAAAGUAGUAGAAGUAUCGGAUGAAAGUAAUGUUCACCAUCUGCUUCAUCUAGCCCAACAACAAAGAGCUGUGGCUGAAACCAAAAUGAAUGAGCGGUCAUCUCGCUCCCAUUCCGUUUUCCGUCUUAAACUCUCCGGAACCAAUAGCAAAACUUCUGAAUCUUGUGAAGGAACUCUGAAUCUGGUAGAUCUUGCUGGCUCUGAGCGCCUCAAGGAAUCAGGAUCGGAAGGUGUUAGGCUCACCGAGACACAGAAUAUCAACAGGUCUCUAUCUAACCUUGGAAAUGUAAUUAUGGCACUUGGGCAGAAGCUAAGCCACAUACCAUACAGAAACUCAAAGCUGACCCACCUUCUACAAAACUGUCUUGGUGGCAACUCUAAGACUCUAAUGUUUGUCAACGUUUCUCCAUUGGAGUCUUGCUACAACGAGACUCUCAAUUCACUCAGGUUUGCAACAAAGGUUAACCAGUGUCACAUUGGAACAGCGACAAAGGUGGUUAGAAAAUGAAAAUGUGUAUGUGAAUAUUUUUGUGUAAAUAUCCAUAGAGCAGAAAGUAGUGUGAAUGUUGAGAUCAUUCUCACCUAUAGUGUAAUGUUUUAGACAAUUUUUGUAACAUAUUUUGCUAAUUUUACUUUAAUGAAAAUUAAUAAGAUUUAUCAUUAGGUGGCACUGUAACAUAUAUAAAUUACAAUGACUAGUUUUAGUUCUUGAAACCAGAUUAAAAUCGGAUGUUUUGUAGUACUAUUAUAAUCAUUAUUAAUUACCUGCCUAUUACAUAGCCACACGUUUAUUAACAGCAAUACUAAAUUAAGUAAUACAGUACUUGAAAAAGUACAAGUGAAAAAGUGAUAUUAAAUUUUCUCGUACUGUUAACCUGUCAACGGUCCAAACGUAUAUAUACGUUUUUUCAACAUUUGAAAGUAUGUAAAAAAAGUAGAUCUUCUUUUUGUUUUUCUACAUUUGAAAAUGUGUAAAAAAAUUUUUAUCUACUUUUUUUUUUUUGUUAUAUUUGAAAAUAUGUAAAAAAACUUAGAUCUACUUUUGUAGCACUACACAUGUGAACAUAGGUCUGCUUGGACCGUUUACGAGUUAAUAUGUUGACCAACUGCAACGGAGUGCGAUAAACAUCUCCAUCCAUUAAGGAGGAGGUUUGGAGGUAAAAGUCAGUGCUUAACAUAUUUUCGAGUGCUGAAUAGUGCCAUUGAUAAUAUUUUUAAACUGACUGAAUUUUCAGGGCAAGACUUUAUACUGUACUUAGUCUAAAUUAGCAACCACAGUGAAGAACAAUAAUGAACUGGGAUGGUUAUUUUAUUGCUUUUUAAGCAUACAUAAAUACAUUUCACAUGUUUCUGGAUUUGCUUACUAAAUUUUAAGUCACAUUAUUAUAACUGGAACAAUUAACAUCUAAUCCAUAAAUCUGAGAUAGUCAGUUCUCUUAUAAGAUGCCUCUAUAUAGUAUGAUUUUUUUUUGUGAGUAUGGUUAAAAAAAAGGCAUCUGGAAUUGAGUAACAUAUAAAGACCUUUCCACACUAUUCAAAUUUUGGACGUACUUUUUUCGUUAACAUUGUACUGCAUACAGUAGCUUUAUGAGAAAGUUGACUAGCAAAAUUGUAUUACAUUUCAUCUCCAAUUUCCUGAAAACUGUAGGAUGAAUAACGUAGUCAAUUCUUUUCCAUUGCAGUUUGGUUACUUUUAUUUUUUUUUUAUUAUCACACUGGCCGAUUCCCACCAAGGCAGGGUGGCCCGAAAAAGAAAAAUUUCACCAUCAUUCACUCCAUCACUGUUGCCAGAAGGGUGCUUUACACUACAGUUUUUAAACUGCAACAUUAACACCCCUCCUUCAGAGUGCAGGCACUGUACUUCCCAUCUCCAGGACUCAAGUCCGGCCUGCCGGUUUCCCUGAACCCCUUCAUAAAUGUUACUUUGCUCACACUCCAACAGCACGUCAAGUAUUAAAAACCAUUUGUCUCCAUUCACUCCUAUCAAACACGCUCAAGCAUGCCUGCUGGAAGUCCAAGCCCCUCGCACACAAAACCUCCUUUAUCCCCUCCCUCCAACCUUUCCUAGGCCGACCCCUACCCCGCCUUCCUUCCACUACAGACUGAUACACUCUUGAAGUCAUUCUGUUUCGCUCCAUUCUCUCUACAUGUCCGAACCACCUCAACAACCCUUCCUCAGCCCUCUGGACAACAGUUUGGUUAUUGUCAAAAUAUAUUCUCCGAAGCACAGUAAAUAAAUGGCUUUUCAUACCAUAAUCAUUGAUUGUAUGACAACAGCAUUGCUUUUAAUUCCAAAUCCAUGAGGCCCAAAAUUUCUUCACUGUCAGUCAGAUAGGUUUGCUAGAGUCUUUGAAUCAUCAUAUAUUAAACUAUCUUGCAAUACUAUCACAUACAAACACACACUUCUGCCUUAAUAGUGUGUGUGGUUGACAUUUGUUUAAAGGUAGACUGCAGCACCAACAUCUUGAAAGAUUUUCUUUGCUUGUGUACCUCAUGUAAUAAGUACUGUUUUGUGAAUUGUGUUCCAUUCUAAGUGGUCGUUAUUAUAAAAUUGCUGGCAGAUAAGCCUAAUAUCAUUUCCUGUGUGUUGUAUGUUCAUUUGUGUCUAUAUGGUAUGGAAAUCAUAUUUUCUUGAAACAGAGCUCAUAUCACAAUAGUGAAUUCAUGAAAUCCUUGCUUAAUGAUAGAGAUGUAGAGCACAGAACCUGUCAUGUAUUGAGAAACACAUUGACUUCUGUUGUGUAAUUAACCAUUAAACUGUCCAAACGUAGAUGUACGUUCACGCGCGUAGCGCUCCAACCUUGAUUUUGCCCAUUUGAAAGCAUGUAAAAGAAAAUGUAGAUCUACGUUCGGAGCCCCCCGCACUUGGACGUAAAUCUACGUUUGGACAGUUUAAGGGUUAAAAAUGCAUUCCUGAUAUUUUAUAUAUGUUAUUAAUACUGUCCAUUUUCUGUAGGUAGGGUGACCACCAAAAAAGAGGGAAAUGGUAACACUCGAAACAUCCUUUACCCCCCCCCCCCUCCUUUCUCGUCCAUCCCUUCCAAGGCUGUGUCCCCACCCUUCCUCCUCCCUACCACAACAGAUUUUAAUAUACAAUAUGUAUACAUAUAAAUACAUACAUAUAAGUACACACACACACACACAAAAACACACACACACAAAAAUACA